UAAUUUUGGCCGGGCUGAAGAAAAUCGUUCGUUAUAUCGAGGACUUCGUUAAAUAGAGGUUCGUCAAAUCGAGGUUCCACUGUACUAAGCUUGGGCUGCCUGUUAGUAGGACUGGAGUUGGGAGACCGAGCGCACGAGAAAACCUGGGUACGAAAAAGCAAAAUGGCGGAUGAAGUUGAAUUUGUCAGCGAUGAAGAUGUGCCAGAAUUGAAGAAACGCAGGGAAAGUCAGGGAGGUCUUGGUACUGAUUGUAAGGCACCAAUGAGUGGAUCAACAGUGUUUGGUUUUCAGACUCCUAAGCGGCGUGGUGGGUUAGCUGAGGCAGCAUCCUUGGCAAUUCACAACAAAACACCAGCUCAUAUUCAGAAUGCAUCACCAUGCAACAAGAGGAAGACUCCAAAGAGCAACAAGAAAGGCAAAAACACAAGAGAGAUUGUUCCUGCCUCAAAUGCUGACCAGGCAAAUGCAUCCUCAGAUGAAAACAAUAACAAAGGGUAUUCUUUGCGUCACAGAAGAAAAGCUGUUCUUUUGAAAGGUGUUGAACGAGACUCAGAUUCAGAGGAUUCUGAUUCAAACAGUGGACCAGUAACUGCUAAUGAAACAACGUCACGAGUUCUGAAGAGAGUGACUAGAGGAAAUACAACUCAGAUAGAGGAGGCGCGGGAAGAGUACUUUGAGCAGCAAAGUUCUAAGUGUGUAACAUCUGAUCAUACUCUCUCAAAACUAAACAUGCCAUGGAUGGAUCAACAAAAACUGCUGUCUCAGUUAAAUCAAGUGUCCAGUUCCCAUCCACAGGAAAGAUUUGAAUUGUACCACAAACUGCAAGCUCUGUUUGACAAGUGGAUGUUUCAUUUAAGAAAUGGAUUCAACAUUCUUCUCUAUGGCCUUGGAUCUAAAAAAGUUCUACUUGAUCAAUUUCGCUCCUCUAAGCUUUCUCGAUACCUUCAAGUUGUAGUCAAUGGCUUUUUUCCUAGUCUCACCAUUAAAAAUGUUCUCAAUAUAAUAACUGAGGAGGUUUUAAUGCACGACGGAUCAUUCAAGAGUGUGACAGAUCAGUGUGACUUUAUCAAACAGAGUUUCACCAGUAAGAAAUGUCCAGAGGAGGUUUUUAUAAUUAUUCAUAAUAUUGAUGGCUCUAUGCUAAGAUCCAAAAAGACUCAGACAAUCCUCAGCCUUCUUGCAGAAGUUGAUGCUCUUCAUGUCAUUGCUAGUAUUGAUCACAUCAAUGCACCUCUUAUUUGGAAUCAUACUCAGUUGGGACGUUUUAACUGGUCAUGGUUUGAUGUGACAUCAUUUGAGCCAUACAAGGAAGAAACAUCAUAUGAGAAUUCUCUGCUAGUACAGCACACAGGAGCACUGGCUCUUAGUUCCCUGGUUCAUGUGUUCCGUAGUUUGACUCCUAAUGCUCGUGGCAUCUUCAUCCUGAUAGCAGGACACCAGCUCGAGGAGAAGGACAAUAGCUGUUAUAUUGGUCUGUCAUUUAAUGCUUGUUACUCUAAAUGUCGGGAACAGUUCUUGGUAAACAGUGACUCCACAUUGAAAGCACAGCUAAUAGAAUUCCGUGAUCACAAGCUUAUAACUUCCAAAAAGGGUACUGAUGGUGUAGAAUAUCUGUACAUUCCAGUUGAUUCAGCAACACUCAAGCAAUUUAUAGAAGACCAACAAAAUAACAACACAUAAUAUAAUCUGCUUGUGCGAUAUUAAUUUAUUAUUCAUUCCUUCAAAGUCAAUAUUGUGAAAGGUCAGUUGACAAAAUAGAUUUAAAACAGUCAAUUUUUUGGCCACAGCUAAAUUAAUAACCAAAUGAUGUAAAAUAGAGAUGUUGUUCAAAAGAAACAUUUUUUGAACAAAUAAAAUACAUAUAUUUUCUAUUAAAAAUACAUGCACAUAAGA